AUUCAUUUACGUAGCGCGCGAAUAGAAUGUAACAAGUGAAGAUAAAAAACCCUGCCUUCACCCUAAUCUUUUGCAGUCCAGUCUCAAGGAGGUCGCGUUUUGAAAUUAGCGUGAUAGACAUCAUCGUAAUCUUAAUAUUUAUAUGAUUUAAAAUCUGCAGGAUAAACCCUGCCAUAUCAAUGGUAAUGGCGAACAAACUUGCUGGUAGGCGGGAACUACUGGACCGUUGGAGAGGCAUCGCGGAAGAAGAGGAGAACGACGAUGACGAUCAUGUUGAUUCCUCCAAGAGUCGUAACCUCCACCUCCUCAAACAACAAUGGUUUGCAGAUGCAUAUAAUUUUCUAAUUUGUUUGCCUGGUGGAAGUCAUAUUUGGUGUGGCUUUUCGGAUAUAAUGGGACCGCUUUUGGAGACUUUUUACAAUUACUUCAAAAAUGAUUGUCAAGAUUCACCUCUGAGGCUGUUAUGGAAGAGAAUAUCUGAUGAAAUGGGUCUUUGCCUUCAAUGCAUUUCUCAGCAUCAUCAAGCCCAACACAUGUAUAACACGGAGUAUGAGUCUAGUUCUAUUGGUCCUCUUCUCGAUGUCUUGCAGAAGCUUGAUUGUGAAAGGGUGACAUUACGUCUGAGGGAUGUGAAUAGAAAAAUAGCAGGGGAAAUGUAUGAUCCUGCCUGCGAUAAUGCAGAAGUUGUUAAUGUUUUGUAUGAGGUGUUGAUGUUCCCAUUCCUCUUAGAUUUUGAGUCUCUAUUCACUGAGUUUGAGUUGUUUGUUGAAGCUAUCGACAAUAAGCAUGAGUUGGCUUUGUCUGGGCAUCAACAAUUUCCGGGAGUUUAUGCACUACUAUUUUGCAAGAGAAGCGUUCGUUCUGUUGGAUAUCGUUUAGCAGGAUCAAUGGGCAAAAUCAGGAGAGCAACAGACUUGGAACCUUUGCAGCCAUUGCUUAAGAAAUUUAUUGGCUGUUUAGAGGCAGAUGCUUUACCAGUGGCUUUGGAGACCUCAACACCAAGAACUCAAUUGGAUCGUGUGUCUUUAUGGAUUGGUAUCAAAUCACUGCUUGGCUUCUUGGACCCUUCAACUUUUGAAGAAGGGAUAUUGGAACGGUAUCCGUUUUUUGUCGAUAUUGUACUCAAUCAUAUUAGUGGUGAUUCACUUGAAUUUUCACACGCCGUUACUUGCUUGAGACUCCUCUUUGAAAUGCUUGGUUGUAAGCUUUGGUUAAGGUCUACAUUGUCUCCAAGUGUAAUGCGCAACACUCUAAUUGGUCAAUGCUUCCAUACUUGCAAUGAGAAAAUCCAUAAAGAUAUUUUUGGUCUAUUCCAACCUUUUCUACAGUCUCUUGAAGCUUUGCAAGAUGGAGAGCUUGAAAAGCAGCGUAGGUAUUUUCUCUAUUUUUUGCUCCAUCAAGUGCCAGUGAGCAGUAACUUCAGCGUUCUAACAAGGAAAUUGGCAUGUCAGAUAGCGCUUCAUAUUGUACACCGAGGUUACAAGAUGAACCCGCCUUGUCCUCCCUUUGAGUGUGCACAUAUGUGGUAAGAAGUCAGAACCCCUUCUUUUUAUGUG